CUCUCCUCUCUCCCCUUCUCUCCUCCAUUUUCUCCUUUCCCCUUCCUCCCCUCCUGGCCCGCCCUUUGCUUUUCCACCUGUCCUUCCUCCCCGCUGCUGGGGAGACAUCGUUUUGGAUUAGCUGGGGGCCACCACCGGCGGCGGGGGAGGGGGCCCAGUGGACUGCCCUCUCCCCCGGCCCCAGCCUCACCAGCACCCAGAAUCGGAGCAUCUCCUGGUUGUCGUUCUUCGGGCCUCGAGGGAGCCCAGCCCUCCGUCCCACCAGGAUCCGUGGCAAGUGGGGGCCGCGGCAGCUGCGUCCCCAUGAGGAGAAGAGGAAGAUGCCGGCUGAGCUGCUGCUGCUGCUGAUAGUUGCCUUCGCCAACCCCAGCUGCCAGGUGCUGUCAUCACUGCGCAUGGCUGCAAUCCUGGACGACCAGACCGUGUGUGGCCGCGGUGAGCGUCUGGCCCUCGCCCUGGCCCGGGAACAAAUCAACGGGAUCAUCGAGGUCCCAGCCAAGGCCCGAGUGGAAGUUGACAUCUUUGAGCUGCAGCGGGACAGCCAGUACGAGACCACGGACACCAUGUGUCAGAUACUGCCCAAGGGGGUCGUGUCUGUCCUGGGACCCUCCUCCAGCCCAGCUUCUGCCUCCACCGUGAGCCAUAUCUGUGGGGAGAAGGAGAUUCCCCACAUCAAGGUGGGUCCUGAGGAGACACCCCGCCUUCAGUACCUUCGCUUCGCAUCUGUCAGCCUGUACCCCAGUAAUGAGGACGUCAGCCUGGCGGUCUCCCGAAUCCUCAAGUCUUUUAACUACCCCUCGGCUAGCCUCAUCUGCGCCAAGGCUGAGUGUUUGCUACGAUUGGAAGAAUUGGUACGAGGCUUUCUCAUCUCUAAGGAGACACUGUCAGUGAGGAUGCUGGACGACAGCCGGGACCCCACGCCGCUACUCAAGGAGAUCCGAGAUGACAAAGUCUCUACCAUCAUCAUUGAUGCCAACGCGACCAUCUCCCACCUCGUCCUCCGUAAGGCUUCGGAACUAGGAAUGACCUCAGCGUUUUACAAGUACAUCCUCACCACCAUGGACUUCCCUAUCCUGCAUCUGGAUGGUAUUGUAGAGGAUUCUUCCAACAUCCUGGGCUUUUCCAUGUUCAACACCUCCCAUCCCUUCUACCCGGAGUUUGUGCGCAGUCUCAACAUGUCCUGGAGAGAGAACUGUGAAGCCAGCGCCUACCCUGGGCCUGCGCUGUCUGCCGCCCUGAUGUUUGAUGCUGUGCAUGUGGUGGUAAGCGCCGUCCGAGAACUGAACCGAAGCCAGGAGAUUGGCGUCAAGCCACUGGCCUGUACUUCGGCCAACAUUUGGCCCCAUGGGACCAGCCUCAUGAACUACCUACGCAUGGUAGAGUAUGACGGGCUGACCGGGCGGGUUGAGUUCAACAGCAAAGGGCAGAGGACCAACUACACACUGCGCAUCCUGGAGAAGUCCCGCCAGGGCCACCGUGAGAUAGGGGUGUGGUACUCUAACAGGACCCUGGCCAUGAACGCCACUACCCUGGACAUCAACCUGUCACAGACUCUAGCCAACAAGACACUGGUGGUCACGACUAUCCUGGAGAACCCGUAUGUCAUGCGCAGGCCUAACUUCCAGGCCUUGUCAGGGAACGAGCGCUUCGAGGGCUUCUGUGUGGACAUGCUUCGGGAGCUGGCGGAGCUGCUGCGCUUCCGGUAUCGCCUGCGGUUGGUAGAGGAUGGACUGUACGGAGCACCUGAGCCAAAUGGCUCCUGGACAGGCAUGGUUGGCGAGCUCAUCAACCGGCAGAAGGCAGACUUGGCUGUGGCAGCCUUCACCAUCACCGCGGAGCGGGAGAAAGUCAUUGACUUCUCCAAGCCCUUCAUGACCCUGGGGAUCAGCAUCCUCUACAGAGUGCACAUGGGCCGCAAGCCUGGCUAUUUCUCCUUCCUGGACCCCUUCUCCCCUGCUGUGUGGCUCUUCAUGCUUCUUGCCUACCUUGCUGUCAGCUGUGUCCUUUUCCUGGCUGCCAGGCUGAGCCCUUACGAGUGGUACAAUCCUCACCCAUGCCUUCGGGCGCGUCCCCAUAUUCUGGAGAACCAGUACACGCUGGGCAACAGCCUCUGGUUCCCUGUGGGUGGCUUCAUGCAACAAGGCUCAGAGAUCAUGCCCCGGGCGCUGUCCACGCGCUGUGUCAGCGGAGUCUGGUGGGCCUUCACUUUGAUCAUCAUCUCCUCCUACACGGCCAACCUGGCCGCCUUCCUCACGGUGCAGCGCAUGGAGGUGCCUGUGGAGUCGGCUGACGACCUGGCGGAUCAGACCAACAUUGAGUAUGGCACUAUCCACGCCGGCUCCACCAUGACCUUCUUCCAGAACUCGCGGUACCAGACAUACCAGCGGAUGUGGAACUACAUGCAGUCGAAACAGCCUAGUGUGUUUGUCAAGAGCACCGAGGAAGGAAUUGCCCGAGUCCUCAACUCCCGCUACGCCUUCCUGCUGGAGUCCACCAUGAAUGAGUACCACCGGCGCCUCAAUUGCAACCUCACCCAGAUCGGGGGCCUCCUCGACACCAAGGGCUAUGGCAUCGGCAUGCCGCUGGGCUCUCCGUUCCGGGAUGAGAUCACGCUGGCCAUCCUGCAGCUCCAAGAGAACAACAGGCUGGAGAUCCUGAAGCGCAAGUGGUGGGAGGGCGGCCGGUGCCCCAAGGAGGAGGACCACAGGGCCAAAGGUUUGGGCAUGGAGAAUAUUGGAGGUAUUUUUGUUGUGCUCAUCUGUGGCCUCAUCAUUGCUGUCUUCGUGGCGGUCAUGGAAUUCAUCUGGUCCACGCGGAGGUCAGCGGAGUCCGAGGAGGUGAGAUUGACUGUGGUUGGGGCUGGAGUCCGGGAGAUCCCAGGGCCCAAAGUGGUGGGCGGUAGGAACUUGGAUGAAGUAGAGGGAGGAUAUAAGAGGUAGGGGUGGGGUCGGGGAGCCAGGAAGUAAGAGAGGAGCCGAGAAACUCCUGGUUAGAUAAAGGAGGUGACAGAUCAGAGAACUGGACAAAGGGUCUAGGAUAGGAGAAAGGACAGAGGAGGGAAGGAGAGCAGAGGGAGUGAUGAGAAUUCCAGGACCCAUCUAAAAAAGGGUGUGGAGGAUUCCCGAGGCUGAAAAACAAAAGAAACAGCUGGUGUGGCAGUGCACUCAGGAGGCAGAGGUGGGCACAUGGGUCAGCCAUUCAGGACUGUCCACAUCUACAUAAUGAGUUCAAGCUCAGCCUGAGCCACAUGACACCCUGUUUCAGAGAGAGACAGACAGACAGACAAACCAAGCAUAGUGGCUUCAUAAUCCCAGCCCCUGAGAAGCUGAGGUAGGAGGAUUGCCACAGUUUGCCUCGGCCUCUCGGGUGGUAGCAGUGCAGGCGUACCCCCAUCACACCCAUCUAAGACUGUGCCGCUGAGAGGAGUGGCACAUGCCAGGAGAGGGACGCAGGGUGAGGAAGUUUUCCUGGAAAAGGCAGGGCAGACAGUGUGUGCAGCAGAGAGGACAGAGAGGACAGAGGAGGGACUGGCU